AUGGUCAGAGAACUCCAGCGUGACCUUGAUCGUGCAGAAGGGCCAAUUUAUGCUGAACGACACGUACGGAUAAUAUGUGUUGGUGCUGGAGCUUCAGGACUGUGUCUCGCAUACAAGCUGCAACGAUCUUUCCAGAACUUCUCGCUGGUCAUAUACGAAAAGAAUAAGGAGAUCUCGGGGACGUGGUAUGAAAAUCGAUAUCCGGGAUGCGCUUGCGACGUGCCCUCGCAUAAUUAUACCUGGUCUUUCGAGCCCAAACAUAACUGGUCUGCGGUCUACGCACAAAGCAGUGAAAUCUACCAAUAUUUCAACGAUUUCGCCGAUAAAUAUUCGCUCAGGAAGUAUGUCCAUUGCAACCAGGCCGUCAUUGGAGCUCGAUGGGAUGAAAGUAAUGGCGGGUAUCAUGUUCAGGUGAAGAAUGGGAACACUGGCGAGCUCGAAGAAGCCUUUUGUGACAUUCUGAUCAACGCCGGCGGUAUCCUGAACGCAUGGCGGUGGCCUGACAUACCUGGUUUGAAGGAGUUCAAAGGUCCCUUACUCCACAGUGCCGACUGGGACGAUACAGUUGAUCUGAAAGGCAAACAUGUUGGUUUGAUAGGUAAUGGAUCUUCAGGCAUCCAGAUAUUACCGGCGAUUCUACCAUCGGUCAGCCACAUCACCACCUUCGUUCGGUCUCCUGCCUGGAUUUCGCCCGUCCGCGGCCUAGAUCAACAUGUGUUCAGUGCCGAGGAGGUCGCCAGCUUUGCCAAUGAGCCAGAAAAGCUCCUGGAAUAUCGCAAGGCCAAUGAAGACGGCAUCAACUCUCUAUGGCCACUUUAUGUGCGGGGCACCGACAUGCAAAAAGCAGCCCGGAAAGCAAUGUUGAAACAGAUGCAGCUCAAGCUUCAGGGCUCCGGUCUUGAAGACAAACUCAUCCCAUCAUGGAGUGUUGGAUGCCGGAGGCUAACCCCUGGAAUCAACUACUUGGAGAGUCUCAGCCACGAAAAGGUGACUGUGGUCAACGGCGACAUCACAUGCAUCACCGACAAGGGACCACGAGAUAGUGACGGGAACGACCAUACCAUUGACGUUCUUGUUUGCGCCACUGGAUUCGACACUUCCUUCCGACCGCGCUUCCCCAUCAUAGGCUCCAGCGGAACCAACCUUCAGGACGAAUGGGCACAGGAAGCCAAGGGCUAUAUGGGCAUCGCUGCUCCCAACUUUCCCAAUUAUUUCCUUUUCCUGGGACCAAACUGUCCCAUCGGGAAUGGCCCAGUGCUGGCCGCCAUCGAGUUUCAAGCGGAUUAUAUGCUUCAAUUCAUCAAUCGCUGGCAAACGGAAAACAUCCAUUCAUUCGUGCCCAAAGUAGAUGCCACCGAAGACUUCAUCAAGUACACCGACUCUGUCAUGCAGAAGACUGUGUGGUCGGAAGAAUGCCGGUCGUGGUACAAGAGCAAUUCUUCCACCGGACGCGUCAGCGCCCUCUGGCCCGGCAGCAGUCUGCACUACAUGGAAGCCAUCCGAGAAGCGCGGUUUGAUGAUUACGAAAUCAAAUACUCGGGGAAUCGUUUUGCAUGGAUGGGCAAUGGAUCCAGCCAAACGGAACUAGAUGCCACCUGUGAUUGGAGUUACUACAUCCGGCUCAAGGACGAUUCGCCAUACGCCAGCCGCCGGAUGCAAAGGCAAGUCUUGACCAAGAGCGGUUCGACAGACGGACGGUCCAAGACAUCGUUCUGGAAAUUUGAAUGA